GGUACUGAUGCACGUGAACUCCCCCAGGGAAACGUGAUCAAGCAAGUCCCCGAUGGGUCAAGGGAUGUUGUGGGCCCCUCGCAACCGCCAUGCCCGUGAAUGGAUGCCUCUAUCCCCAUGCGUCUGCCAUGCGCUUGGCACCGUCGUUGCCAGCACCACCACCGCCAGCUUCUUGUCUCAGUGGGGCGCUAGACCUGCAGCACCAGCAGAAGGCAGGCGCACGCGCCGUGAUGUUCGAGGGCUCCGUGCGCCAGGUCUGCCCCGCUGAUGCCCUGAGCGCCCGCUGCCAGCAGCGGCCCGCCGGCACCCUUGCCGUGGGCGACGCCGCCGAGCACCACAGCCAGUCCGAGGCCGAGACGCUGCCCGGGAUCCCCGAGGAGCAGACAUGCGUGGGACCCUCCAGCAUCUUCGGGGCUGCCAUGCCCCAGGCUUCGGUUCGCCACGGCGAGGCAGAGUCCGAGAGCGCGCCGCGACGGACUCCCUCUGGCUUGGAAGACUCCACCUCUGGGGCCGCCGACGACACCGGGGACUCGUGGCACGCUGGACGUGGGAGGCGGCUCUGGCAGACUGAGGCUCCACAGCCCGCUCUUGAGAAUUCGCAGGGUGCUCGGCACGAUCGCACCGCGGGGGUAUGGCAAGAUGCCCACUAUGCAUCGCUUGCGAGCCAGCUUGACAGCACGCUCGUGAACCCGUCGGCUAAUUCGGAGAAUUCGCACACGGCGUCGGCGCCCAACUCCUUGAGCGACGGACCGGAGGCUGGGGCCACCGUGCCGGGAGCACAGGGAGGCGGGCUUGUUUCGGAUGCCGCCAGCCCUCUGGAGACGCGCACUGCUGCGACCCCUCAGCAGGGCCGGGGCCGUGGCCGCGGCCGCGCGGGCCGUGGGCGAGGGGUGAGGAUCUUUCGCAGGCUCCGGCCGCACAUGCACUUGCGGAAGCCGCGGACGGUGGCCGUGCCGCGGAGCCUGUGGCCUUGCGGCGGGCCCCUGCCUCGUCUGCAGUGCGUCCCCGUGGAGGACUCGAUGGAGGGCGUCUCCUACAUGCUGUGCGCCUUCUGCCAGAGCGACAAGCUCUACCGCCAGGUGGAGGGCCUCGUGCAGCACGCCAGGGGCGGCGACUGCCCCCGGGGCUACGAGGAGUGGUCGAGGCUGGAGGCUCUGGCCGGCGCCACCAGAGCGCCACAGGUGCCGACCCUGCUGGAGGCCGCCGUCGGCACGGAGCGCCCUGCUGGCCAGGGAGCCCCCCUCGCGGCCGGGAGCCGCUGGGGGCCCGCGCCCUGCGGCCCCGCCGCUCCGCCGGACCCCGCGGCUCCGCCGGGGCCCCGCGCCGCGGCGCCGGCGCGGUGCGCCCCGCCCCCGCGGG